AUGGCAUCAGGUGAUGGUGAACAAUAUGAUGAUAAUUCAUCAGGUUUUUUCUCUGAUGACCUUGAUCAACAUGAUACAGAACGUGAUUUAUAUGCUAUAUUACAUAUUAAUAAAGAUGCAGAUGCUACAACAAUUCAACAAGCUUAUCGUCGAUUAACUCUUCUUUAUCAUCCUGAUAAACAUAUAGAUCCUCGAAAUAAACAAUUAGCCAUGGAUUUAUUUAUUCAAGUUAAAAAAGCUUAUGAUAUUUUAAAUGAUCCACAAAAACGUGCUAUUUAUGAUGUUGUCGGUAUGAAAGGUUUAAAAGCUGAAGGAUGGGAGAUUGUAAGUCGAACAAAAACAGCUCGUGAAAUUCUUGAUGAAUAUGAACGACUAGCACGAGAACGUGAAGAAAGACGUUUUAAUCAAAUAACUAAUCCAAAUGGUUCAGUACAAAUGUCGAUAAAUUUAACUGAUAUAUUCGAUCAAAUGAAUUCAUCUGAUGAGAAUAGUGAUUUUUCACCAGUCAUUGAAAUGACUGAAUUUACAGUUGCACAAAGUAUUGAUAUACCAUUAACAAGUCAAGAUACAGCAACAGUAACUGCUGUAGCAACAACACAUAAUGGACGUGGUUCAGGAUCUUUCACAACAUCAUUUCGUCGUGUUCUUGCUGAUCUAUCUUGGUUUCGUAUUGAUUUAAGUUUUGGUCAACAUAAUCUAGCAGCAUUUCGUUAUUUUCGUCGUCUUACACAGAAACUCCAAGCAAGUAUAGCAGCUACAUUUGGCCUUGUUGAUGGUGGUUCAGCUAUAGCAACACCCGGUUUUAUAUUUUCUAUUACUUAUCAAUUAAGUCAUCAUUUAACAAGUAGUCUUGAAUGGAAAACAGGUGUUGAUUCGUGUAUGAAAAGUGGUCUUCAUUAUGAUAAUCAAACAGUAGCUGUAUCAACUGCUAUUCAACUCGGAUUUGUUAAUACAUAUGGAGUCAUCGAUGGAUUAUAUCGAUUCCCUAAUAUUUGCAACAUACGAUGUAGUCUGAAAUUGUUUAUAUUUGGACCAUGGUUAGAAUAUGGUAUUGAUCGUCAAUUAACAAAAUAUACACAUGGUUCAGCAUCAGUAGCCAUUAGUUCAAGAAUGGGUGUAUUAUUAAAAUUAAAAUUCACUCGUGGCAGUCAAACAUUUACAUUUCCAUUACAACUUUCUCAAGAUAUUUUACCAAGUGCUAUAUUCUAUGCUACAAUUGCACCAACUCUUGGUUAUUUUAUACUUGAUCGUCUUAUUAUUCGACCAUUUGCUCGAUCUGAACAAGAACAUGAACAAAAGAAACGUGAAGAUGAAGCACGUGAAAAACAAACUGAACGAAGACGAGAAGCAAUGAAUGCUCAAGAAGUACUUCGAUCAGUUGUUGAACAAAUCAAAGAUAAAGAAGGUCCACAAGGUUUAAUUAUACUUGAAGCACGUUAUGGUCAAUUAAACUUAACAACAACACAUGAAAAUUCAAUUAAAAUUAUUGAUGUUACUGUACCAUUACAAGCACUUGUAAAAGAUUCAACAUUAAGAGUAGGAACAACAGUAUCAAAAUCAAAUUUGACCGGUUUUUAUGAUCCAUGUAUAGGUGAAGAAAAAUCUUUAUCUAUUAAAUAUUCACUUCGAUCACAAAUACAUACUGUUCUAUAUAAAGAUACUGAUCCUGUUAUUUUACCUAAUCGAGAUCAUUUAGUAAGCUGA